UAUUAACCCAGUAGGGGACUAAGUCGAGUGACUAGCAAUUUUUAAAAAAUUAAGAAGUGAUUGCUUUUUGCUGAAUGAGGGGGUUGAAUUGCCUUAGCUCACCUCCCAUUACACCAUUUCCUGGGAGGUGAAAGGUACAACCAUGCAGUCACAAGUAGGUGCAGGGAGAAAUGUGGAUGGAGAAUAGUGUAAAGCUAAUAUUUCAAAAGUAGAAUGAUGCCAGAACUGAUAUGUCCAUUAAAUAAUUAUUUAAAAUAGCACUCAGUAGUCUCCAGGACUGUAAUUAAUGCUAUAGAGAGAUAAAUAAAACAAAAGAAUAGACAUGGUGAAAACCCAUUUCCUUAUUUUCCUCCCUGCACCACCCUGCAUUCCUUUCUAAGGUAGACAUAGGCAGAUGUACUUUUUCUUCUUAAAUAUUUCAGUCAAAGCCAUAUAACCUAUCUAAAGAAUGAAAAGCUGGAUUGUACUGCUGGCUAUUGUAGUCAGCACAGCAGAAACACAGAACCAGGACGUCUGCACCCAAGGGUAUCCUGGCAUCCCUGGCAAUCCUGGGCACAAUGGCAUACCUGGCCGUGACGGACGUGAUGGGUCAAAAGGAGACAAGGGAGAUACAGGUGAACCAGGAAUUCCUGGCAGUCCAGGAAAAGAUGGUGUCAAUGGAGAGAAAGGUGAACGAGGAACCAAUGGGACUGUUGAAGAGAAGGGGAACAAAGGAGAUAAAGGAGAAAGAGGACCACCUGGGAAACUGGGACCAAAAGGAUUUAUAGGAUCAGUGGGUUACAAAGGUCAGAAGGGAGAGCUAGGACUGCAAGGACAAAAAGGGUUAAAAGGAGACAUUGGACCCAUAGGUCCAAAAGGGACAAAGGGUGAAAUUGGCCAUCCUGGAAGAGUUGGUUUCCCAGGGCCAAUUGGCCCAAUUGGUAAUCCAGGUCCUAAAGGUAAUACUGGAGGUAUAGGGCCACAGGGUAAUCCAGGAGUUCAGGGGGAAAGAGGCUUGAAAGGAGACAGAGGAGACAAGGGGAACGUAGGUGCCCCAGGAGUCCUGCCAAGGAGUGCUUUCAGUGUUGGCCUUACAGCCAACACCAAGUUUCCCCCUCCGAAUCGCCCGAUCAAGUUUGACAAGGUGCUGUAUAACAGUCUGAAUGACUUUAACUCAGCUACUGGCAAGUUCACCUGCAAACACCCUGGUGUUUACUAUUUCACCUACCACAUCACCGUCUACUCAAGGAACGUGCGAGUAGCUCUUGUUAAGAACGGCAUCAAGAUGCUGCACACGGUGGACAGGUACCAGAGCGGAGAGGACCAGGCCUCGGGGGCCACCAUCCUCGAGCUGCAGGGAGGAGACGAGGUGUGGCUGCAGGCCCACCAAGGAGAAGCUUUCAAUGGGCUGUUUGCAGACGGCGAUGACGAUACCACCUUCUCUGGGUUCCUCCUGUUCAGCACUGCUGACCCACUGGAGCCACUGCUGCCGCCCACGCUGUAGCUCCGCAUUAUCCCUGAGUGCUGCAUGCCUGUGCCCCUCAGCCCUCCCUAAGAAAGCUGUUAUCUGCUGGGCAAUUUUUGCUGGAUUCAACAGAAAAUGCUUGGUUUCAGGAACAGCUUCUGCACAAGAGAGGACAAGUCUUCAGAAUCUACAGUGCUGGGCUUAACACAUUAGUGGUUUGGUGACUUACCAUAGGCAUUCACAGGGGUGUGUACCCCAGUUCUGAAGAACAAAUUUUAAAGCAAAGUGGGAUGAAAUAAAAGACAAAAGUUCUGGAAUUAUGUCGUGUGGGAUAUCUUGU